AUGAGCAGAUUUUUGGCAUAAAAACCACAGAUCUAUACAGUCUGUCUGUCACAUUCUUCAAUAUCUGGUAAACUAUAUAUGGCAAAAUCAUGAUUCCUCGUGUAGAAUCCUCUAACGAAGGAAACAAAAUAUUACCUACUCUCUCUCUCUCGCUCUGGUUUUGCUCCUCUUCUUAUUAUUAUUUUUAUCACUUUAACGUCUUUAAGAGGGAAAUGAAUGCGCUUAUGUGGAGGUGGAGUCUCGCAGGACUCAUUCUCUUAAGCAUUCUUGCAAAUGGGAUGAUGGAUUUUGAUGAAAUGGAGUUUCUCAACGAUUUAAAUGAAACAAAGGUGUUUCAGAAAGAAAGUGAAUCAGGUGCUGCUAAUGUUCUAAUGGUAGGACUCACUCUCGUCCAAGCCGCUGCUGCUAAAGGAGCGGUGUGUCUGGAUGGGUCGGUGCCUGGAUAUCAUCUGCAUCGCGGGUGUGGUACAGGAGCAAACAACUGGAUCAUUCAGUUGCAGGGUGGUGCUUGGUGUGACAGCAUAGAAGAUUGUCAGAACCGUAAAAGGAGUAGUUACGGAUCGUCCACAUUAAUGGAGAAAGAGUUAGCUUUUAUAGGAAUACUAAGCAAUAAGACCGCUGAAAAUCCAGACUUUUACAACUGGAAUAAAAUCAAAGUCCGGUACUGUGAUGGCGCAUCCUUUAGCGGUGAUAGCGAAAACAAGGCGGCACAACUUCAAUUUAGAGGAAAGCGUGUAUUUUUAGCCGUUAUGGAAGAUUUGAUGGCAAAGGGAAUGUGCCAGGCAGAGCAGGUUUUGCUCAACGGAUGUUCUUCUGGGGGUCUUUCAUCGAUAUUACGCUGCGAUGAUUUCAAGAGUUUGUUUCCUCCUACCACCAACGUAAAAUGCAUGAGUGAUGCUGGCUUCUUCCUCGAUGCCGUUGAUAUAUCUGGAGAUCAUUCUUUAAGACGUAUGUAUUCUGGUGUUGUAAAGACCCAGGGUUUGCAAAACACGCUUCCUCGCACUUGUACAAGCCAUCUUGAUCCAACUUCGUGCUUUUUCCCUCAAAACAUAAUCGACCAAGUCAAGACCCCGUUGUUUAUUAUCAACUCGGCAUUUGAUUCGUGGCAGAUUGAAAAUAGUAUAGCUCCACCAUCUGCUGAUCCCAGCGGCAGUUGGCAUAAUUGCAGCUCCAGCUUUAGGUGCAACGCCUCUCAGGAGCAAUUCUUGGAAGGUUUCAAGAUGAGCAUGUUAAAUGCGGUAAAGACCUUUUUGAUGUCAAGCAAGAACGGAGUGUUUAUUAACUCACGUUGGGCUCAUUGUCAAGCGGAGAGACAAGAUACCUGGUUUCCUGGAAACUCUCAAGCGGGUGGAGAUAAGGGGAUUGCUGUAGCUGUUGGAGAUUGGUAUUUCGAAAGAGCAAAAAACUAAAGAUCUUAUUCAGAAAGGGAUUCUUCAUUUCUUUUUGAUAUAUCUUUAAAACCUCGGAAGCUUCCUUCUCGAAAAAUAAAGAAUACUAUUAAUUUAUUUGUAGAAUUAUCAGCAUGUCAACACGGUUUCCGAAUAUCCGAAUGUCGUUGUUGUUUUAAGAUAAUUUAAAUUUCUUUUCAUCAAAACAUAUAUAGAUAUAUAAGAAAAUAAAGUAUAGGAGAAGUUACAUGAGAG